AUGGAUUGUAUAAAAGAAGGGCAAACAGUGUUAUUGAUUUGGUCAGGAGGUUCUCCACCGCAGGAUUUAGAGGAGAUCGUAGGUCGUAUGACUCAGCUUGCUGGCUCAACUGGCAAAGUCAACGUUGAGCAUAUUGAUAGGUUAAAAUUAUGUAAGUUGUGGCGUGAAAUUGCUGAAAUUUGUUAUUUAUAAAGCCUUGGGAAUGUUAGGUGUAGUGGUAUUAUAAAUAAAAUGUACAGUUGUACAAGUUAAAUACAAGUUAAAUACGUAAAAUUGUUGGGAAUGGGAAGUAAAAUCAUUUUGGUCAUAAAUUAAUUAAUAUAUAUAAUAUGUAAUGCCCGUUGUAUUAAAAUAUUAUAUAAUUUUGUGAUAAAUGGUACAUUACUAAACUGUUCUUUCUAAGGUGAGGACCAUACUGUAUUGAUCCAGUGUUACUACAGGAGGAAACCUAAACUAAACUAACAUUUAUACUGGAUAGCUCUAUCAGUUCUACACUAGAGGUUCAGUAAAGAUCGUCCCUUUCUGGCCACUGGAAUACUACAGCAGCAAACUGGAGUCAUAGAGAAAACCUGCAAUCAUUCUUUAAAGUGGAUUUCCAGUCGCAAGAAAAAUGUCACUGUCGAAAUAUUUCGCUCAAUUUCGUUUGAAUUGUGAGCGAUCAAGUAGAACUGAUUUUAUAUUCAGAUGGUCACAAUUCAAAAGAAAUCAAAUGAAAUAUUUUGAUGACAAACUAUUUCUCUGCAAGUGGAAAUCCACUCUGAUUGUUAGAGUCAAACUAGGAGCAGUUUCCCACAUGGGACAAAGGAGAAGUUGAGGAGAAUUUAUAAUCAGACAAAUACCUUCAAUUUCUUUGCAGCGUCACAUACAGAGUCUUCAUUUGAUAAUAUUUAUUCUGGCAUUACAUUUCCAUCAACAUUUGUUCACAACUUUGAUACCCUCGCUGAAAUAGCAAGAAUUUUAAAACCAUCAGGUUCACUGAUACUCCGACAGACUACAGGUUAGGCUUUUCAUACUUGAAAUUGCUUUUCUAAUUACCAAUUAGAAUAUUUUAUUGUUGAAUAACUUCUCUCAUAUAGAAAUACAUUUUUUCUAGGAAAUGUGAAUAGUCUAGUCACUCAGGAUAAGAUUGUUUCAACCCUAAAGUUGUCAGGAUUUAUUAAUAUAUCACAGGUGAUCUGAAUUACAAUAAAUAGUUGCAGUUCACAAAGUACCACAAUUACAGACAGACUGAACACUCAAGCGAUAUGUUGUCAGACUGAAAAAAUAAUAUAGCCAGGGCUUGAAAUAACAUUCCCAAAGUACCCAAUCAUGGUGAUCGGCAGUCAUGACUUUCCUCGCUUUUUUAGGUUGGAAACUCUGCUUUCCCACCGAUCAUAAGCAAUUUCUUGCCGAUUGAUCAGUGAUCAGCUGUUAUUUCAAGCCCUGUGUAACACAUGCUUCCUGAAGGUACAUCACCUCAGCUAUAUAGCCAUGUCUUUGUGAUUGAGACACAGGGCUUUAACUAAUGUUAUAAACACAAAACAAGGCUCUAAAGCCAAAGUGACAUACUUUCCAUGCAGAAGGGUGUAUUUUCAGUACUGUAUUUUUCAAAACAGGAGUCUUGUAUUUAGUGGUAAAUAAACAGACUUAAGCAGAGCUAUCAGACUUAUUAUCUAAGUUUUCUCUUAUUUUUUGUAAAAUAAGUUUUAAAAUCAUAUAUAAUUUAAUUUUUAGGGUGCACCUGUGGCAAUAAGAGAUGAACAAUUAAAAACUUUGCAAAAGGUUUUGAGUACUGAAAAUAAAAUAGAUGUAGUCGAGGUAAAACAAUGUGCAAUAUUUACACUGAUGUGUUUCAUAUCUCACACAUUGUGUGGUAAUAAACCAUGGCCUAGUUCAAUCCAUGCCAAUUUUAUACUUUUGACAGAUGAAAUGUGAAAAACCUUCAUACAAUGUUGGUACAAGCACACAACUAAAACUCUCAUUUGCAAAGAAAAAAGGUAAAACUCUUUUGAAAUGCAGUGAAAUUAUUAUGCUGUUUAAUGCACUGAUCUCAUGUUCUGUAGAGAGGAAAUGUAAUUAAUAAUAAUAUGGUCUGGAUGUGUAUUUAUUUAAGUAUUAUUAUUCACAGAAACUUCAACAGGCAACGCAGCUAAAGUGUGGACAUUAUCAGCACAAGAUAUAAAUGAUGAUGUUGUAUGUUUAGGUUCUUGAGAAUGUUCUAUUUCACAUCCAACAAGGAAACUUCAUCUUCUAAUAGUAAUUAAUUAAUGUAUCAAUUAUCUUAAUUAGGAUAUAAUUGAUUCAGAUGAUUUGUUGGAUGAAAACGAUCGAAAGAAACCUGAUCCAUCUACAUUGAAGAGUAAGUGUGGUGGACAUAAUAUAAGCUAUUAUAUAUCUUCAAAAAUAUUUUGUCCUUCCAUAGAUAGGGUUUUAUGGUAGAGGAUAACAGGUUUAAUCUCCAUCUUUCUAGGUGUUUGUGGACCUAACUCUGGCAAAAAGAAAGCCUGCAAGAACUGGUAUGUUUUCUCUCUUCAUCAAAGUAGGGCCUCAUUUCUUAAAUCCACACAUCUACCACACAAAACUACCCAUCAAACAUAUUAAAACGCACAUUUAAAAUCAUGUUAUUUGAUUUUGUAGCUCAUGUGGGUUAGCGGAAGAUCUAGCCAAUGGUGUUGAAGGAGCUCAACCGAAAUCUGCAUGUGGCAGUGUAAGUACCUGGCUUCAACACGAGACGGAUCUUCCCGCGCGUGGCGAGCAAAAACACUCGUUGACGUUCAUCAAAAUUUGAAUACGCUCAAAAUUGAUGAGAAUUGAAGAGAAUCAAUGUAGGUUGGCGGUCCGAACGCGAGCGAGAGUCGUCGCUCUAGUCAACGACCAUCAACUGUCAUCCUUCUUUAGACCAGCCUAACAAUACACCCUUUCGGAAAAUACGUUGGCUAUAAAGCUUCGUUUUCGUGUAUAUGACAUUAGUUAUAAAACCCAAACGUCUUAAUGAUAGAGGUUCAGGUUUGACUUCCGCUACUGCUACCAUUAAGGGACCAUCAACCAAUCAGAUGUGUUUGAUAUAUCCAAGCUACUAAGCCAGUGAAUUGUAGUGGAAGUGACAUCUGAACGUCUGUAAUGAAAGCAAGGCUCUACAGCCAGGGUACUUUCCGGAAGUGUGUAUUGAAGUACAACAUACCUCCAUUCUCUAAUUCGUUCCUUCAUUGUCAUUUUGUUCUUUCAGUGUUAUCUUGGCGAUGCAUUCCGUUGUGCAAGUUGUCCGUAUCUUGGGAUGCCCGCGUUCAAACCUGGAGAUAAAAUAUCCCUCAGCGAUCGACAAUUGAAACCUGACAUUUGA